AUCCUAGCUAGCGAUGGGUGUUAGCAUCAGCUGUCAGAGGCUUUGACAAAGGAGACUCGGCCGGUUUGGAUACAGAAUUCAGUUGGCAGAUAUGGUGAGGCACAGCGUGAUGACAGAGUUGCAAGCCUUCCAGCACUCACUCCAGGGUAACUCCCUGGCUGUGGGCCAAGUAGGGCAGAGAUGUGGGGAAGUUCAGGAGAACAGGAUCGCUUCAGAGGACAGGCAGCACCUAUCUCUUGUCCCAGCAGAAAUUGAGAAAAGCCAGCCAGUGAACAUACCAGAUGCUGCUAAAAGAAAGAAGAAGAAAAGAACUAGAGCAACAGACAGCUCCACAGGCACUUUUGAUGAUCUUUACAAGCUGACAGAUGAGGUGCUUGGUCAGGGGGCUUAUGCGAAAGUUCAAGGAUGCAUAAGUCUGCAGAAUGGACAGGAGUUUGCUGUGAAGAUCAUAGAAAAGAGUGCGGGACACAGCCGCAGCCGAGUCUUCCGAGAAGUGGAGACACUCUACCAGUGUCAAGGAAACAAGAACAUUUUGGAAUUAAUCCAGUUUUUUGAAGACAGUUCCUGCUUUUAUUUGGUGUUUGAAAAGCUGCGUGGAGGCUCCAUUCUUACUCAUAUCCAGAACCGAAAGCACUUUGACGAGCUGGAGGCCAGCAAGGUGGUGAGGGACAUCGCCCAAGCUCUUAACUUCUUACACACAAAAGGCAUUGCCCAUAGAGACCUUAAGCUGGAGAACAUCCUUUGUGAAUACACUGAUCGAGUGUCACCAGUAAAGAUCUGUGAUUUUGAUCUGGGAAGCGGAGUGAAACUCAGCAGUGCUUGUACACCCAUAACUACUCCAGAGCUUACCACACCGUGUGGCUCAGCAGAGUACAUGGCUCCAGAAGUAGUGGAGGUGUUCACUGAUGAGGCCUCCUUCUAUGACAAGCGGUGUGACCUCUGGAGCCUUGGGGUUAUCCUCUACAUCCUGCUGAGUGGCAGCCCCCCCUUCACAGGGAACUGUGGCACAAACUGUGGCUGGGACAGGGGAGAGACCUGCAGAGCGUGUCAGAGUCACCUGUUUGACAGCAUCCAGCAGGGCAACUAUGAGUUUCCAGACAAGGACUGGGCUCACAUCACAGAGGGAGCCAAGGAUCUCAUAAUUAAGCUGCUGGUCCGGGAUGCCACUCUGCGCCUCAGUGCUGCUCAGGUCCUCAAACACCCUUGGGUUCAGGGGAACGCUCCAGAGAGAGGUCUUCCAACUCCUCAUAUUCUACAGAGGAACAGCAGCACCAAAGAUCUGACCCAGUUUGCGGCAGAAGCCAUUGCCUUUAACCGGCAGCUAUCCCAGCACGACGAGCAGCAGGAAGAUGUCGGAGCCAUCGUCUGCUCCAUGAGGCUUUCCCCUCCUUCCAACUCCAGACUGGCUCGCAGACGGGCACAGUCUAACGCCCUGCGUACCAGGGACUUCGCACCCGCUUCCGACGACCUCACAGCCUGAGGAACCAGCACUGAAGUCUCCUUGUCCUGUUUUCUGACUGAAUUUUAACUGCUGCCUGCCCCUUGAGUGAGUGAGUGAGUGAGUGAGUGCAUGGGUUUUUUGUUUGUCUUGUGAGCCUCACAAGAUCAGCCACACAGUAUCAGAAGUGACUAACUGUUCCCGGUGUUAAAGCUCUUUCCCAUGGCCAGUAAUCUUAUCACCUAGACAGAGUCUGAGCACCAAGGGAACAGUUAAUCCUUGGCUGACACCUCCUAAUUGAAAACAUGGUUGAAACUCCUGAGAUUUGUCCAGGAAAAAAUGUUUUAAGCUACCUAAGUAUGAAACUAGGACUGUUUCAUUUGAGAAGACCCUUGAGGUUUUUUUUUUUUAUACAACUGAUUACGACCCCACUACAACAGAAACUGCUCUUUAUGCCAGCAAUUAAUUAAGAAAACUCAAUCAGUACAUAUCUGUAUUAACGAAGCAUUACAUGGGUUCAGCAAAGUUAUGCAGCAGUUGCUGGCCUAAUGCCAUAUGAUCUUAUUUUAAAUAUUUUAUAUUUCCUGUUGUCCAACUGUGAAAUGGUUAAUAUUUUAUUUAAAUGUUACUGCAUAUUAGUCACUAGAGGAAAAGGAUGAUGUUAUUUUGCUUUUUUUUUAAAGCUUGUAAGUGUAUGUGAUAUGACGUGUGUGUGGAUGUGUGGUUUAAAUGAUAAAACUGGACUACACUUUAGAGGAGACUGUCCAUCUGUGGGAAUGGGCUCCAUUUGACCCACUUAAGUCACUCUUGUCUAGUCUACAUCUGAUGUAAUGUAGGUUGAACUUACAGAAAGUACAUGAAGGGAUUCAAGUUAAAGAAAACCCAGUGAUCGAUUUUUUUAAAAACAUUUUUUUAAUUGCAUUUUAUCUCUUCAUCUCUAGCUUUCACUUAAACACAAGCUACCUGUAGCACUGAUGUACUUUAAAAUACGUCACUUGCUUAAUUUACCUGAAAGAAUGAGGGAAUAUUGCAUCAGUUUGGUCCAAGAAUGUGAAUUUGACAUAUACAGUAAUAUUUAUCUUCUAAGCAGAUUUAACGCAGUGUUUUCCUCCUCAGAAUCCAACAUUACCUCUGGCUAUUUUUGCACCACAUCUUUGCACAUUUUUCCAUUGUACAAAUGCACACCCUCAGAAGAUGUGCUCAGUUAAGUCUCAGUAAUUUGAGUGCUUUCAGUCUGAGUGACUUGAGAUGUGAGAAAUUAAUUUGUUUCAGGUUGUGCGUAACUUAAUGAGACUUAACAGUGAUUAGUUAAUGUUACAGCUGAUAGUGAGAAAGAGGAUUCCAUAUUGGUGUUGAAGGGAUUUAUUUUUAUACUAGUGUUUGUAUGUUGUUCAGUUUGUGCUAUUUUUGGUUUUGAUUGUGCCAAUGGAAAGAAGGAUGGUCUAACCAAGCAAAGAUUUUCUUGGGGCCAUCAGGUUGCUGUUAUUUACUUUGGAUCCUUUUUUUAAUUU